UAUCGGAAUGAAUAAGCCCACAAAAACGACGACGUUCCGGUCCAAAUAAGGAAAAAUACAAAGGAGCCACCGUUACUGGAUUGCGCCAAUCGUAAAUUCACUUUCUUCCUCGUUUGGCUUACCGGAUAAAACCCUAGAUGCUCUCAAGCAUUUUUCUGGGUUCAUACCAUUGGAAUCUGAGCGGCAAUUCUUAAAUUUCAUGGAGGGAGUGGGAGAUGACAAUGGGGCACCUCUUGCUAAAUGGAGGAGUGAUUUUUCGAGGGUAUUUCAGUAUUAUCUUGAUAGAUCAACCCCUCAUACAAUGCGGAGAUGGCUAGGAACUUUGGCUGUGGCAAUGAUAUAUGUUUUACGAGUUUACUAUCUUCAAGGGUUUUAUGUUGUUUCUUAUGGUCUGGGGAUCUAUAUUUUGAAUCUCUUGAUUGGUUUUCUGUCGCCCAAGGAUGAUCCUGAGCUUGAAGCUUUGGAUGGAGCUUCCUUGCCUACCAAAGGUUCUGAUGAAUUCAAACCUUUCAUUCGCCGCCUACCUGAGUUCAAGUUCUGGUAUGCCAUCACAAAAGCUUUUGUUGUGGCUUUUCUUUUGACCUUCUUCUCUGUAUUGGAUGUACCUGUUUUCUGGCCGAUAUUGUUAUGUUACUGGAUUGUUCUAUGUUUCCUUACAAUGAAACGCCAAAUCCUACAUAUGAUCAAGUACAAAUAUGUCCCUUUCAAUAUUGGAAAGCAGAGGUACGCUGGUAAGAAAUCAACUCCAACUAGCAGCACAGCCACAGACUGAAAGCCGCAGAACUUCUAAAUAAGGCAGAAGUAGGCUGCAGAUCUAAGCAUGAGACAUUUCAAACAGAUGAGAUACUGCAGAGUCAGCAACUUCAACAGUUGUCACUUUUAGAAACUUUAUGCUAGUGACAGUGUUAUCGAAUUUGUGCAACUUUUGGGACAACCGACUCACUUUUGGCCUGGGCUGCUUAUUGUGUAUAGCUAACAAAAUACAAUCAUUGGUAGACAUAAUGUUCAUUGUGCAUACUUGUUGGAUGAAAAUUCUGUAUUUGAUAUGACAUCACAGCUAUAUAGUGAACACUCUGGCAGCUUUUAGAUA